AAACUUCAAGUGCGGAAAAAAUCUCUUCCACCUUCCAAGGAAAAGGAUAGGUUCCUUGCCUUCCUUGAUACUAUCGGGGUCGAAGGGAUGAGUGAAGAGGAAAGUGAGGAUGACUCACAGUUAUCGGUGUUUAAAGUCACUACGCCCGCCUGGAGAAGUGAAGAAUUGACUAUAUUUCUCCAUAAUCUGGUUCCCCCUUCAUCACUAGUCUGUCACCGCCGCCUUAUCGAAGAAAACAAUUGCGGUCACAUAAACGCGGUGAUAGCUGCCUUCCGGGGACAUAGGUAUCUGACGACAAAAAAGGGACAGUGCCGCCCCAAACGACAAGCGGAAGCAACGACAACAUACCAUGUAAGGAAAGCGCUUGCAAUGCCCACAUCGGCCCGGCGGAAUCCAGAAGCGACGAGGGUUGGUCUAUAUAUGGGGGCAAUCACCCCUACCCUUUCCGGUCAGUCAACUAUCGUGGCCUUCAAUAAUGACGGUCCUGGAAAAACCG